GCAAACAAGCGGAUGAGUGGAGUUAUGGUAUGGACAUAUUCGAUUGGAAUUCUGUAACCGGUGGCACCGCCGACGGCACCGCAUACGAUGACCACUUCAACAGAGCAAUGGCACUAAUUCAACGAUCCUUAGAUAUCCCUGAGGCUCUACACAGGCAAACGUAUGUACUUGUAUACAUAUAA